GCCAACCUCCUCCGUCGUGCCGAAAAAGAGAAAGCAGGCCAAAUGGGGGAAUUAUAGCGAGGGGAAAAAAUCAACUAUCUAUGUGAUUGUAGGCAUUUAGGCCUAUGUGUGUUCUGUGAAUCUUCAAAUGUCAAAUUCGCGUUUAAGAAAAUCCUAUUGUAAUAGUUUACAUUUAUAUUCAAAGAUGGCGAGAUCGUGUCAAAGAAGACGACUGAGGGCUUGAGUUAUUGGUUCUUCGGACACGGAACUUGGAACAGCAAAGGUGAAAGAUGACAGAGUACAAGCUGGUGGUGGUGGGAGCUGGUGGCGUUGGCAAGAGUGCGCUCACCAUCCAGCUCAUCCAGAACCACUUUGUGGACGAAUACGACCCCACCAUAGAGGACUCCUACAGGAAGCAGGUGGUGAUUGACGGAGAGACGUGUCUGUUGGACAUCUUGGACACUGCAGGUCAGGAGGAGUACAGCGCCAUGAGAGACCAGUACAUGAGGACAGGGGAGGGCUUCCUCUGUGUCUUUGCCAUCAACAACACCAAGUCCUUCGAGGACAUUCAUCACUAUAGGGAGCAGAUCAAGAGAGUGAAGGACUCGGAGGACGUUCCCAUGGUCCUGGUGGGAAACAAGUGUGACCUCCCGUCCCGCACUGUGGACACCAAACAGGCCCAGGAUCUGGCCCGCAGUUACGGGAUCCCAUUCAUCGAGACGUCAGCCAAGACGAGACAGAGAGUGGAGGAUGCCUUUUACACUUUGGUACGGGAGAUCAGACAGCACCGGCUGAAAAAGAUCAGCAAGGAAGAAAAGACUCCACGCUGCAUCAAGCUAAAAAAAUGUGUUGUGAUGUGACAGGGGGGUGUUGAUGAUGCCUUCUACACAUUAGUUCGGGAAAUCCGGAAACACAAAGAGAAGAUGAGCAAGGAGGGCAAGAAGAAGAAGAAGAAGUCCAAGACAAAGUGUAUACUUAUGUGAAUAAUGCUUCCCUUUGCAGUAUGGCAUCAGAUGGAAUAUGUUAAAGAAAUGUAUUUUGUACAUUACACUAAAUUAUUAUCUUCUUCGGAAUCUUUUUUUUUUCUUCUUCUUCUUUCAUUUUGCCCCCUGUUAAUUGUUUUCUGGAAACAAAUAAGCUUUAUCUCCUGUUUGGUGCCAGUUGCCCCAAAGUGUUGGUCCUUCAUCUCUAGCGAACUAUAACUGGUAUGAUCUAAUCUCAUGGUUGAAAAAAGGGCAUUGAUUUUAAUUUGUCCUCUGAGUUAACACAACUAAGUUAAAUUGUGAUUUAAACAAAAAGAAUGACCUUAACUCAGAUGUUACCCAGUGUCACCCUCUGAUUGGAAAUGGGUGUUUUAGUCUUUGAAUUUGAACACGUCUGUAUUUUUAUUGCAGGAAGAGGACUUUUUUAUAAUCAGCUUGAGGGAGUAAUGCUAAGUGUGGGGAAGGACCAGCACGUUUAUGGGUGCGUUCUUAUAUAUCUAGCACUGUGUACUGGAUGCUCCCUUUUCGGGAAUGUCAUGGACUCAUAAUGGCCUGCUGUUUUAUCUAAUAUCUAACUUUCAAGGCUUUGAUCAUUUGUGGGUGGUGAUUUUUUAUUUUAUUUUAUUUUGUUUUAUUAUUAUUGUUAUAAUUUGCUGAAACCCUUAAAAUGCAUGUCCUCUUGGUCGACAUGUUUUUAAUACUGUAUUGUGCAGCCUUGACAUUGUCCAGUGAUGGCAGUGACUUGAGUCUCCAAGGCCUCAAAGUGAUUGAAUUAAUCGUGACAAGUAUUUGACGAUGGGCAUGAUGAAAGACUAUGGAAGUGAUGAGAAUGAGAACUCUGAGCCCCAAACAAAUGUGCUCAGGAGGGAUAAGGUGUUCUCUGCGGUCCUGUACCCUUGGAUAAAGUACUGAUUUCACUCGCCUCGGUUUGAAAGCUUAUGAUCAAAUCAGAGAGGAUUUACUGCAAAAGCUACAGAGAACGUCGGCGACUGGUCUUCCACUGGUCUUACUGGACCCUAGGAGAGGGUUCUCAGGGGUCAUCAUGCAGUACUGACCCCUCUUCUGAGGGGUUUAGCCAGUACAUGUUCUCUUGAACACACCAAAAUGGCCUGACGAUGGUGCAUGAGAUUUCAUUUGUGGUCUUUUUUUUUUAGAGCAACAAGGACAUGUGAGCAAAUCACUCCAUGACAGUGACAGUUUCAGAUGGUUAUAUCAAAUGCAGUUACGCUUUUAAAAAAAUCUAUUUGCUGCCAUAGAACAGUUAUAUACUGUAUUUUUGAAACCCAGAACAAACACACUCAUAUUUUUGGGUUGUCUUGAAGCAAUAUAUAAUAUAUUAUUCACCAAAUUCUCUUUAUGAAUCUUCCUGGGCUGCCUUCUGUGAGAUAUAGGGUUUAAUAAUGGAUCAUAUGUGUUGUGCCCAGAACCAGUGAUUUGAAUCGUCUCAUUUUAAAUCUAAUUUUCCAUGUUCUGAGGCCCUUGCCUUAUUUGCUAUUUUAUGAACCACACACAACACAUAGGCCAAUUAAAAAGUAACUGAGAAACUGGGUGAUCAUUUUGUAAACACAAGUGCGGAUCACACAGUUGAAGCGAAGAAAGUUGUUACCCAAAACAGCUUCAUUUUUGGAACUUGAUUUUGUAAACUACUUAAUCCAUCUUUAAGAUGAGCUUCAUUUACAGCAAGAAAUGUCCUUUUGUUUUGAUUUUUGAGGAUGCUUGCUUUUGUUUUUUUCUUUCUUCCUCUUUGUGUGCCAAUACCAGAUCUCUCAAAUUGGUUACCUACAUCUGCAGAGAAUUCAAACCAACCUUUGUACAGUUGUGAUACUGAAAGAUGCAUAUUUUGUAAAUUGUGGUUCAUUUUGUUGUGUGUCGAAAUGAAUGUCACUAAUAGAGUUGAGAAUCCACUUUGUUGUGUUUGUGAAUGGAGUGAGUGGUUUUGCUCAUGGAGGUGUGAAUGACCACUGUUCAACAUGUCCUUGAGCAAUGGUCCAUGUGGUGACCUGAAAAAAAAAUCAGACUAUUUUUUUGCCAUGAAUCUCACCACUCUUACGUAAUGUGUAAUAAAACUGAAGAAAUAAUAAAAAAAAAAACUGUGGAGGCAAAAA